UACCCUUCAAUGGUUAUUGUAUACCAGUUCCUCCUUCUUCUUCAUAAGUUGCAUUCUUUUACAUUACAUCUCACAAUGGCAGAGAUUUCCAACUUAGCACAAGGAGGCCUCACCCUCUUUGCUCCUUACAAGAUGGCAAAUUUCAACCUCUCUCAUAGGGUGGUGCUGGCACCAAUGACAAGAUGCAGAGGAUUGAACGGGAUUCCAAACUCAGGGCUUGUUGAGUACUACGCUCAGAGAUCAACUCCAGGUGGAUUGCUCAUCACUGAAGGAACCUUGAUCUCUCCCACUGCUGCUGGGUUUGCCAAUGUUCCUGGAAUAUAUUCAGAAGAGCAAGUUGAGGCAUGGAGGAAUGUAGUGGAUGCAGUGCAUGCUAAAGGAGCUAUUAUCUUUUGUCAAUUGUGGCAUGUUGGUCGUGCAUCUCAUGCAGUGUACCAGCCUGGUGGGUUUGCACCCAUUUCCUCCACAAGCAAACCUUUAUCAUCAAGGUGGAAAAUUCUCAUGCCUGAUGGGUCCCAUGAUGUUUACCCAGAGCCUCGUGCACUCAGCAUUUCUGGGAUUCAAGAAGUAGUGCAGGACUAUAGGCAAUCAGCAAUCAAUGCAAUUCGAGCAGGUUUUGAUGGAAUUGAGAUUCAUAGUGCACACGGGUAUCUCAUUGACCAAUUCCUGAAGGAUGGAAUCAAUGAUCGAACAGAUAAAUAUGGUGGAUCACUUGAGAAUCGGUUGAGGUUCUUAACUGAGGUGGUUCAAGCUGCUGUUUCUGGUAUUGGAGCAGAAAGAGUUGCUGUGAGAAUCUCACCAGCAAUUGAUCAUCUUGAUGCAACCGAUUCUGACCCUCUUGGACUAGGCUUAGCAGUGGUUGAGAGACUCAACAAUCUCCAGAAAGAGCUUGGCAGAAAACUCAGCUAUCUUCAUGUAACUCAACCUCGAUUUUCAGCUUACGAACGAAAAGCACCAAGCGAUGAAGAAGAAGAAGCUAAUAUGUUGCGGAAGCUGAGGAAAGCUUAUGAGGGAACAUUCAUGAGCAGUGGUGGAUACACUAGGGAGUUAGGAAUGGAAGCUGUAGAACAAGGGGAUGCUGAUUUGGUUGCAUAUGGUCGUCUUUUCAUCUCCAAUCCAGACUUGGUGUUAAGGUUGAAGCUUAAUGCACCUUUGAACAAAUAUGACAGGAUGACUUUUUAUACUAGUGAUCCUGUCAUAGGCUAUACUGAUUACCCUUUCCUCAAGGAAGAAAAUUAGAUUAAGGAGCCAAGUGCAUACCUUUGAUUUGUUAUGUGUUUUUGGUCUUUUUGAAGUUUGGUAGUGUUACAUGAGUGCAAUUGGAGUCUCAAGGCUCAUGUGAAUGCUUUUAUUGUGGAGAUUUGUCUUAGAUAAUAAUACCUGGACACAAAUUGUUUGCCCUUUAUAUUCAUCUAUAAUGUCUUCAUGCUGCAGCAAUGUUAUUAUUUUUUUAUUGCUUUGUCA